AUUGUAAAUAUAUUUCCCCAAAUUUGAAACACAUCAAACCCUAUCGUCUCCAAAAUUACCUAGCCCACUAUCAGCCAAUCGCUUGUAGCUUGAUACACAAACACACAGGAAAAUGUCUUGCUGUAUAAUAUUCUGCGAGAUCCUACUCGCAAUCUUGCUCCCUCCUCUCGGUGUCUGCCUCCGCCAUGGCUGCUGCACGGUGGAGUUCUUCAUUUGCUUGGUGUUGACUAUCUUGGGGUAUGUACCUGGGAUCAUCUACGCUCUCUACGCAAUCGCCUGCCUUGAUCCUGAUAGGUUUCGUGGAGAGUACUAUGUGCUGGCAUGAUUCACCCUUUGAUUUCUGUUCCUCGAUUGAUGAAUCGUAUUACUUCUAUGUUAAUGUUAUUUAUUUAUUGUGUAAUUUUUAUGACAGAAUUGAUUAAUGGAGAUGCUUGAUUCUA